GCAUCUCCCUGUUCAAACCGGCCAAUCGGCGACCGGCGAAGGCCAGCGCUGCAUUUAAACCCGUGGCGAAACACCAGCUGGGUUUUCGUCCCUCCGAGUGAAAGGCUACGGGCGAUCUUCAUGGAAGGAGGAGACGGCCGCGACGUACCUUCGGCCAGCCAGGCAAGAGAGGUUAAGAUGGAUGCUGGUAAUAAGGAAGACAUUGUUCUUUUGGAAGAUGAAAAAUUUGACUUCGACCUUUCCUUGUCUUCUUCAAGUGCAAACGAAGAUGAUGAAGUCUUUUUUGGGGCUGUUGGACAUAAAGAAAGAUGCAUUGCUGCCAGUUUGCGCCUUGGCACCCAGGUUUCCGAGCAGGCUCUUGCAGCAGCCUCUGGCAGCCCUCUUACCUGGAGCCCUCUCACCGGGGAGAAGUUUGUAGAGGUGUACAAAGAAGCUCACUUACUGGCCCUGCAGAUAGAAAGCCACAGCCGAAGAGAGGUGGCCCAGGCUGCCAAGCCCCCAAAUCCUGGGAAGCAGGGCGUGGAAAGAUUUCUGCAAGACUCAAAGUUAAAGAUAAGUCUCUUUGAAAAAGAACAGAAGAGAGAGAAAAGCCCCAUGUCAUUGAAAAGAGAGACAUUCUGCCUGCCAGUUUCAGGGGUACAGCCUCCGUUGGGGGAGACCCAGCUGCUGGCGUCUCCAGCCCUGCUCAGUUCCCCUGUCCCAGUUGGCCCUGUUGAGAUCCAGAGCAACCAGGAUCUGCCCUGCUCCUCUCAGCCGCCGCCAGGGGUGGCAAGGACCUCCCAACCCCCACAUCAGGCUGGGCCUCCAAGGAGAAUCACCAGCAAGCUGCAGCCACCCCGAGCUCUGCCUGUAAGAGGAAAACCUCUUCACCUGGCCACAGAGAAGCUCAAAAAAGAGGUGCCAACUAGUGUUCAGAGGAUGAAACCACCGAGUCAGAAGGGAUCCCAGAGUGAUGUGCCCCUGGACAAACCCAGCACCGCUCCAGAUGCUGCUAGUAGAGGGAGCCGCCCAGGCAAACGUUCCCUCCCCGUUCCUAGCAAGUCGGGGCUGAAGAAGACCCUGUUGAAGCCACCUGGCUACACCAGCAGUCUCACGAGGAAAUCCUCCGCCUCAGGGUCUGCUUCGAGCCUCACGUCUGGUGCAUGUGUGUCUCCAGCAGCAGGCAAAGCAAAGUCCAGUGAUCUUUCAAAUGUGCCCGCUAACAGCUCUCGGCCUCUGUCGAACUCCAGCAAAUUGGGCAAAGUAGGCCCCGCCUCUCUGCAUCAGGCUUUGCCAGCAGUCCCUGCCAGGGCAUCUUGCAAACAAGCCAAAGGGGCUGAUGCUGCCCAGACAGCGGUAGAGCAGCCCAAGGCCUCCAUCCUGACUCCUCUCAGCCAACCACCUCAGACUCCAGAACAAGGAGGACCAAGGCUGGGCCCUGACACCCUGACAUCUCAGCUGAAUAAAACGAGCAGCGUAAAGCGGCAGGACUCCUACCUAAACUGCAAGACAGAGGCUGUGUCUACUGAUACAAACCUGUUUAAAGUCCCCCAGUUUUCUGUUGGCGAGUCAAUUGAUGGUAUGACCCCAAAGUUCUCGCGAACUCAUCGGCUACAGUCCUGGACGCCAACUAGCAGAGUCAUCAGCAGCACUCCUGUGAGGUGCUCAUUGGGACCCACUUCACAAGAACUGCCCAGCAGUGUGAGGACCCCUGUGAGCACAAGACGGAUGUCUGCACUGCCCACACCUGCCAGUCGGCGCCUCUCUGGCCUUCCAUUAAUGGCACCUCAGUCCAUGCCCAGGGCUUUGGCAUCCCCACUGUGUCUGCCUGCCCGGCGACUUUCUUCUGAGCCUAGGAGAAGGUCAACAGUCAGAGCAGAGCCAACACAGGAGAGCAGCGGCAAUGGGCAGGGCCAAGGCCUGUCCUCUGAUGAGAGCUCUUCCCCUCCAUCUUCCGUGCCUCAAGCACUUGACUUUUCUCCAGAAAAGAGUGACUUUCCUCCUUCCCACGGCUCCACCGCAGUCACAGCUCAGGGUGAAGCAGAGACUCAAGAAAACACGAGCCCCAGCAAGGAUCUUCUCCUGGACAUCAAGCUGGACCAGCUGACCAUCACUCCUGAAGCAGGGGGCAGAGACCUAUCUGACCACCCUCUCAUCGACUUCAGCAAUACCCCUGAGUCGAACAUGGCUUUGGGACCCAGCAGCUGGCCCCUGAUGGACCUUAUAAUGAAUACUCCAAACAUGGCCAGAAACAAUGUGGGGAGACCGCCAAAGGCUGAGCUUGGGCAGCUGAUCGACCUGGACUCCCCACUGAUUCAGCUGAGCCCCGAGGCUGACAAAGAAAAUGUGGACUCACCACUGCUCAAGUUCUGAGCAGGGCACCUUCUGUCCUUCGCGGUUGACCUCUGACCGGUCCUCAGGCUGUAGACACAAAUGUUGGAAGGAAUUGUAUUUGACUGGGGGGAGGCCUGCUACACUGCUUGUGUCUGGAGUGGCACCCAGGUAGGGUUCCCACUGUGGACCUAAGCAUCUACUUCUGUGGCUGCCCCGCUCCCUGCCUUGAUUCUUUUGUAUGUAAAAUAGCUAAUGACUGUUUGUAAACUUAAAUUUGUUUGAAAAGUUAAAUAUUCUAGAUUUAAAUUAAAUUAUAAAGUACAUUAAAA